UUCAUAGUUUGAAAAUUGCUUUAACCAAUAAAGCUAUACCACAAAGUAAUGGUCAAGAAAAUAUCACAGUUAUGGCGGCCACGUAACUUGGUCUUCAUCGACAUCGUGAAUUCGUGAUCCUAAUUUUCCUAUCACAGACUUACCAGAUGCUAGUGACUGCAUAAUCUGUAUUGUCUUCAAUAUUAACAUUUUCUUUUUGGCUCUAUUUAAUGUAACAUUCUUUUUAAUGUAACAUUUGCCACUUCCAAUUAGGUGUUUCCCUAUGUAUAUUAUGCUAUACAAAAUAUGAUUUCUUUUUUAACAUAAAGUUAAUUAAUCCUCACCUACUACAGGUUUCCAAAACAAACAAAUAACAGUUAAGCGUUGGAAGCUGUUUUUAUUAAGGUGGGCACUCACUGAAGACAGAAAAAGAGAAAGCUUAACCAGUCUUCAAAGGGUUCCUAAAUUUAUUUAUCUCUAUAACAUUCAAGAACUUUCUUCAUAUUUCGGAUUAAUUACUCUUUUUCUGAUCCUUUCCUUUAUUUCUUUAAAAUUGAUUUGAUUUUAAUCGUUUUUAUUGUGAUUUAUGAUGAUUUAUACGUUUCCUAUAUUGUUUUCAUGACUUAACUUUCAAGCAUUAAACCGGUUCCAUUAGCCAUAGAUCUAUACCAAACGUAUUCCUGUAAUCAUUCUUCUUUAUGAAUGAAUAUCCGUUACCCUUGGUUCACAAGAAAACUAAGCUUUUUUUUAGAUUCUUAUUCUACAUACCCAGAUAAUUUUCUCAUGAGUUAGGAGAUUUUCUAUCUUUUUUUCUUCCUUCUUCUUAGCCUUGAAAAAUGAAGAGCUCAAGUAAUCAAUAUCCAUCAAAUUAUGCUUCCAAGCAUUUGAGUUCUCAUUUCCAGCUUCUUCGUUACCUCGGUUUUCUCCUCCUUUUGGCCUUUGGUGUCACCAUUGGAAUGAUCAUCAGCUUCUAUUACAAAAGCUGCACAAUUAGUCUUCAGUUCUCUCAAUUCUCCCUCUCUGCAUCACAGAAACCGCCACCGGUAUCACCACCACCGCCACCAAUACUGCAACCAAUUAAAAGACCAAAAGUAUCCCAUGUCAGUCAUAUUGCAGGAUUAAAAGAGUUCCUUCAGCCUUCUCAUGUCAUUCAUGAUAUGAGUGAUGAAGAACUGCUGUGGAGGGCUUCCAUGACUCCUAAGAUUCAUGACUACCCGUUUCGCCGAGUUCCCAAGGUGGCCUUCUUGUUCUUGGUGAGGUCCAAUGUGCCUUUGGCUCCUUUGUGGGAGGUGUUCUUCAGAGGACAUGAAGGGUACUUCUCUAUUUACGUGCAUUCCCAUCCAUCUUACAAUGGAUCAGACAAGAGUCCUUUGUUUCGUGGCAGGAGAAUUCCCAGUAAGAUAGUGGAAUGGGGCAGAGUGAACAUGAUGGAAGCCGAGCGUCGCUUGCUGGCCAAUGCGCUUCUUGAUUUCUCAAACCAGCGAUUUGUUCUCAUAUCAGAAUCCUGCAUACCUCUCUUCAACUUCUCAACAAUCUACUCUUACUUAAUGAACUCCACCCAAAACUAUGUCAUGGCAGUCGACGAGCCUAGCGCAGCGGGGCGCGGCCGGUACAAAAUCCAAAUGUCCCCUGAGAUCACCCUCAGACAAUGGAGGAAAGGUUCUCAGUGGUUUGAAAUGGACAGAGAGCUUGCCCUGGAAGUGGUAUCAGACAGAAAAUACUUCCCAGUUUUUCAAAAGUACUGCAACAGUGGCUCAUCAUGCUGUGCAGAUGAACACUACUUGCAAACAUUUGUUAGCAUCAAGUUCUGGAAGAGGAAUGCAAAUAGGAGCUUGACUUGGGUUGAUUGGUCGAAGGGUGGGCCACACCCUGCUAAAUUUGUGAGACCAGAGGUCACUGUUGAGUUCCUAGAGAGUUUGAGGAAUCAGACAUGUAAGUAUAAUGGAAAUAGCAAAAAUGUUUGUUAUCUGUUUGCUAGGAAAUUCUUGCAUACUUCACUGACAAGGCUCAUGAGGUUUGCUCCACAGGUCAUGCACUUAUAAAAUAAUAAAUAAACAAAGAAGCAUAGUUAGCAGUAGCACUAGACCAGUUGUUAAAUUCAUUCUACUCAACUUGUGUUUUCAUUUUCUUGUAUAGCUUCUUCCUCUGAUCAUCAUAUAGUCAACUUGUUGCAUAUAUCUCUGUUAAUAAGUUUUUGAUUAAGUUCCAUAUCUCUUGUAACAAUUUAAGAUUCAAAGAAUAUCAGAUGUAUUAAUAAACAGCUUCAUUAUUAGUA